AUGGUAGCUACACGCCGAUCAAGUAAGCGAAAGGAGCCUUCAGGCGAGACAUCAAACAUCAAGAAAAGAACACCAAAAAAGGCCAAGCUGGAGCAGCAAACCAAGAAGGAGAAAGGAAAGCAGAAACAGGUAGACUUGAUGGACGAAGAUUCAGUGGAGGCAGAUGUCGCUCCGUCUGAUCAUCAUGACGAGGUGGGCGAUGAGGAAGAGGACGAUAUAGACUGGGAGACGAUUCAACUGCCACCACGAUUUCAACAUCAGGAGGAUGAACAAGAGUACAAGAUGGAUGGUAUGGAAAUGGAUGCUGCCCCAACAGUCUAUCAAGAUGUAGAAAUUGUAAUGGAACAGCCUCGAGCUGUAUUAAAGGAAUCAAAUUGGGAGAGGGCCUAUCAGCGUAAUCUGAGAGAGUGGAUGCAUCAUAGUCAUGUCGUAACGCUGAUUGCUCAUUACAAGCUGCGAAAUAGCUGGUGCUGUGAUACAAACAUAAAGAGUGUCUGUUUGUCUAUCAUCCCUGACAAUUGCUCCAGAUUGCUCUCUGAAGAUUCAGAUGAGGCUGCGCUAAAAACUGGUAUCAAAUGGUUAUUGAAAUGGUGGCACGAUUUCUUUGUGUUAACUGGACCAGGGCUAUUGACAAGACCAUAUCUAGAAUUGGAAAACUAUUGCAAUGGCUUCAAGACUCUAAAAGAGUGGAUAGAUGCCCAUCAAUCGGAUGAACAUGGUGAUUAUAUAGAGGAUGUAGAGGCAUUCAUGCAGCUGCUUGUCACCAAAUCAGGUACCCGGGAUACCGCUGCUGAAUUAUUCGCAGUAAUUUUGAGAGCGUGUGGAUGUGAUGUUCGCCUAGUGGCAUCUCUCCAACCAGUACCAUACAAAGUAACGCCAGGCACACCAUCCAAAGCAGCAAUACAAAAGACAGAAGCUUCAGAUGAAAACGAAGCCAAUGAGGAUUCAAACAAGCCCAUUUUCAAGUAUCGUGCGCCAACUAAAUCGUAUGUCGAUCCCAAUGUACAGCUCAGGGAAACCAAAGCCAAGCCGCCUACUGUUUGGUGUGAAGUGUACUGUAACGAUACAAAACGAUGGAUGACAAUCGACCCAAUUCGCGGAUUAAUUGAUAAGCCCACACUCAUGGAGCCAGCUACUAUGAAUCGAGGCAAUCACAUCUCGUUUGUACUCGCAUUUGACAACCAGAGCAAAGUGACAGAUGUGACAAGACGAUACACGGCCAACAUGGACAAAGCCAUUCGAUUGAGAGAGCGUCCACUCACGCGGCGAGAAAAGCAAGGUGGUAUGAGCAUGUGGUCCGAAUCCUUGUUGGAAGCUGUAUGCAAAAAGAGGAAAGUUGAGCGAGAUCAUCUUGAAUUUGAAGAGAUGGAGAAACAGCGAACGAGGCAAGUGAUGCCAUCUGCUAUAGGAGGCUUUAAAAACCAUCCCGUGUAUGCAUUGGAGCGUCAUUUACUCAAGUACGAAGUCUUGUAUCCAAAGGAACCGGUGCUGGGGAGUAUUCGAGGCGAAAAGAUCUAUCCUAGAGCCAAUGUCAAAACAGUCAGUACCGCGGAAACGUAUCGCAAACUAGGUAGACAGAUCAAGGAAGGAGAGCAACCAGCAAAGAUGGUCAAGGCGAACGUGUUUACACUUGAAAAGAAGCGCAUCAAAGAGCAAGCAAAGCAGGAAGGUCAUGAUCUAUUGGUAGCUUGUUACGGUGAUUGGCAGACAGAACCUUUUGUACCUCCACCUGUCAUAGAUGGAAAAUUGCCUAAAAACGCUUAUGGCAGCAUUGAUUUAUUUACGCCAGACAUGUUGCCUUUGGGAGCAGCCCAUAUACCAAUCAAAGGCAUAGCAAAAUUAGCAAAGAAACUAGGCAUAGACUAUGCAGACGCAGUUGUCGAUUUUGAAUUUGUGAAAAUGAGAGCUGUUCCAGUGAUGGAUGGAAUCAUUGUAGCAGAACAAGAAAAGUGGGUUUUAUUAGAGGCAUGGGAAGAACACGAGCAAAAAGAGGCAUUAAAAGCUAUUGCCAAACAAGAGAAGGAUGUCUAUAUUCGAUGGAGAAAGCUGAUCAAGAGCGUUUUGAUCAAAGCAAGAGUGGAUCAAGCUUAUGGAUCGCAUGAUAAGAUGGUGGAUAAGUGGGCGAAUUAUAAUAACAGUACACAAGAAGCAGCAGAUAAAGCCACUGGAGGAGGAGGAGGAGGAGGAGGAGGAGGAGGAUUUUUGCCAGAAAGUGACCAAGACAAUUGA